AUGGCAUCAAAAGGUAAAACAACAACAACAACAUCAACCACAUCACAUGCACCAACAACAUCUUCAACAGGUUUGAGACCGGUCAACAACAGUGUUGGUGUCGAUGAUUUGGUAAUGUUGACUGAAGUCUCUGAGAAUUCAUUGAAUGGAAAUCUACAAAAGAGAUAUAAAGAAGGACUUAUUUAUACAUCAAUUGGACCAGUAUUAAUUUCAUGUAAUCCAUAUAAACAAUUGGGAAUUUAUGGAAAGGAGUACAUCGAUCUAUACAAAGGAAAACAUGAGUUUGAAAUUCCACCACAUAUAUACAGUGUUGCCGACAAGGCAUAUCGUGCUCUCAAGUCGGAGCACGAGAAUCAGUGUAUUAUUAUCAGUGGUGAGUCCGGUGCUGGAAAGACCGAAGCCAGCAAGUAUAUCAUGCAAUACAUUGCGAGUAUCACUGGAUCGAGUCAGGACGUGGAGCGUGUCAAAAACCAGAUUCUCGAGUCGAAUCCACUGUUGGAGGCGUUUGGAAAUGCCAAGACACUGCGUAACAAUAAUAGUUCGCGUUUCGGUAAAUACAUGGAGAUUCAAUUCAACUACAUCGGUGAUCCAGAGGGUGGAAAAAUCACAAACUACUUGCUCGAGAAAUCGCGUGUCGUCAAGCAAACAACGGGUGAGCGUAAUUUCCAUAUUUUCUAUCAGCUGCUGAGUGGAUCGUCGCCAGAGGAGCGCGAGCUCUACAAACUGCUGCCAAUCGAGCAAUAUAACUAUCUCAAUAAGAGUCGCGCCUACACUGCCGAUGGCAUCGACGAUGUCGCUGGCUUCAAGGCAACUCGUAAAGCUAUGAAGGUGGUUGGCAUCAACGAAGACGAGCAGAAGCAGAUCUUCAAGUUGCUCUCUGCCAUCAUGUUGAUCGGUAACAUCAGCUUCAAUCCCGACAACUCUGGAAAGACACCGGGAUCGACUGCUGCCGAUCGUCAGUUGAUUUCUACCAUUGCCGCUCUGAUGGGUGUCGAGAACGACCUCUUGGAGCAAGCGCUAAUCUCGCGUGUCAUUACCACCGGACAAGGAGCACGUGUAUCCAGCUACCGCGUGCCACAGAGUGUCGAGCAGGCACUGUAUGCCCGUGAUGCAUUUGCCAAAGCAAUCUACAGCAAGGUAUUCGAUUGGCUCGUUAGAACCAUCAACAAAUCCAUCGAAGUUAAAACAAAAGGAAAAGUAAUUGGUGUAUUAGAUAUUUAUGGUUUCGAAAUAUUUGAAAAUAAUAGUUUUGAACAAUUUUGUAUAAACUAUGUAAAUGAAACAUUACAACAGAUUUUUAUUGAUUUGACGUUGAAGACUGAACAAGAGGAGUAUGUUACUGAAGGAAUUAAAUGGGUACCUGUAGAUUAUGUUAAUAAUAAGGCAUGUGUUGAAUUGAUUGAGAAGAAACCUUUCGGUAUUUUGGCGUUGCUCGACGAGGAGUGUUUGUUCCCCGAGGGUAACGACAACAGUUUGUUGGAGAAACUUGGCAAACAUUUUGCAUCGCAUUCUCACUACUCAAAGGUACCGCUCACCUCAAAGGUUAGCCAGUUCAUCAUCAAUCACUACGCCGGAAAGGUGCAUUAUACAAUCGAUGGAUUCCUCGACAAGAAUCGUGAUACUCUCUUCAAUGAUUUGGUAUCGUUGGCCACCUCCUCUUCGCUAUCGCUGCUCUCAGAGAUCUUCCAAUACCAGCCGGUAGUCGAAGAGUUGGAUCCAACCACCGAAUCAUCAAAGGCGUACGACCGUCUCAAAAAGAGUGGAUUCGCCAACCAACAAGCCAAGAAUGCCAUCCCCACCGACAAGAAACGUCCGAUUACCGCCGGUUUCCAAUUCAAGACACAGGUGACCGCUCUGCUAAAAUCAUUGUACAGUUGUAAUCCACACUACAUUCGUUGUAUCAAACCGAACGAAGUGAAGCGUGCACUCGAUUGGGACUCCGACAAGUCUGCCCAGCAAGUCAAAUACCUCGGACUGUUUGAGAAUCUCUUGGUGCGUAGAGCCGGAUUCUGCUACCGUCAGACCUACGCCAAAUUCAUGCGUCGCUACUACAUGAUCGGAAAAAAGACAUGGCCAAAAUGGGAAGGUGGCGAUGCCAAGCGUGGAGCCGAGCUGCUUUUGGAGGAGCUGGCAAUUCCCGCCGGCGAAUAUCAAUUCGGUGUCAACAAGAUUUUCAUCCGUAAUCCACAGCCACUCUUCCAGAUGGAGGAAAAACGUAACCAGCGAAUGCACGAGCUCGCCACAAUGAUCCAAUCGACAUGGAAGAUGUUCAAGACACGUCGUUGGUACUUGCAGACUCGCGCCGCCAUGAAGAUCCAGCGUGCCUACAGAGGUUGGCUGCUGAGGAGAGAGUGUGUCCAACUCAAGAAUUACUCGCAAAACUUGUUCCAAGGCAAGAAAGAGCGUAAUCGUGAUUCGUUGGUGCUGAGUUCUCUCGCUUUCAUCGGUGAUUUCCUCUCGGUCGCCAACGACGACUACACCAAACAGGUGUUGGCGCGCGAAGAAGGACCAAACGCUAGCGUCCGACUCAGUGUCAGUGUCAGCAAGAUCAACCGUCACCAAAAAAUUCAGAAGCGUGCACUCAUCGUUACCAACAGCAAUAUUCUCCACAUCUCCACUCACAAGCCCAAGAAGGACGGAUCGUGGUUCGUAGUGAAGCGUAAGAUUGCAUUUUCCGCCCUCGAAAAAGUCAGUCUCAGUCAUUUGUGUGACAAUUUCUUUGUGCUCCAUGUGCCCUCGGAGACCGAUUACAUUUGCGAGACCAAUCGUAAGACCGUAUUUAUCACACUGCUAUCGAAGCUCUACGAGAAACAACAGUCGAAGCCACUGAACAUUGAAUUCAGUGACUCGAUUGCCUAUCGCACUCAGAAAGGAAACACCGAGGCAAAAUUCACCAAAGUCGAUCAACUUCCAAAAGAACAACUCUACACUGCCAAAGCAGAGAGAGGAAAUAUUAAGAUUUCAGUUCUCGAAGGACAAAAUCCAGAUUCUAAAUCAUUUGUAGUACAACAAUAA